ACAAAGAGGUUGUUCGGAGGCCCCUCCUCCCUCUCUCUCUCUACCCUUUUUCUGUAUAAUCCCCAUUUUCUCCCGCCCCUUGAAAACCGCCUGCUGACACCGACGAGGGGUUGAUUUUUCCCUCGCGAACACACGAGCGGAGGCGUCGAUUGGAAUCCCUUCGUCAUAGAUGAAUACCGCAAGAAUGCAUAUUUUUGGGUUCUAUUCGUUGAGCUGAUUAAUCAAUUCCCGUAUGUUGAUUUUUCUCCAGGCAAAUGUUAUUAGUUGCAUGACCUUGGAACUUUGAUUUUAUCCAUAAUUGAUGCUGAUGGAUCUCAGUCAACCUGGGGAUGCACUUGCUGAGAUGUCUGGAGAUAUUAUGGGUGAAAUCAAGGAACAGUUAUCUGUAAUUGAUUCAGGCGUUGGGAAUUUAUCCGUUUCUACAACACCAUAUGAUUCUUCUUUUGGGGAAACUGAUGGUUCAUCUACUGGCAUGGUGAAGUCAGAUGUUCCAGAUGCUGAUUGUCGUCUUUCAGCUUUUGAUUUGAUCAGCAUUGCUAAGCCAAUCAAGACAAUGGAAUGUUGCACGACAGAUAGUUUCAAUGCUGGUGUGCCGGAUUCCAUUGGCCAUUCUGAACCCUCUGGACAAAAACAUAUGGAUGGAAAAGAUACUAAUAAUUUGGGUCCUACUGACUUGGUCACUGCUGUUGAGCCAUCUGCUCUAGGGGCUGCUGAUGCUGUGGUUUUUGCUGAGAUCAACAAUACAAGUAACGCGAUUUGUCCUCAAAUUUUACGCAAAUCUUCUCGAAGGCAUCGGCACAGCCUCAAAGUAGAUCAGAACAAUAUGUCACAGGAGAAAUCUGGAGAACGUGGAAGGAUGGCACCAAAAAAAACAACAGUAGAUUUAAAUUCUUUGCAAAUAUUGAGGAAAACUCGAAGUACAUUUUCCAAGCGGCCCCGAUCAUCUGUUUGGGGCUAUCUUGGGAAUGCUAUAUCUGAUUCUAAAGAAAGCGCCUCUCUUAAAAAGGAAAAAAAGGUGCGAAAAGGUAGAGGGAAACAAAAUCCUUCUAAGGUGAAGAUCCACCAAGAAUCAAUUGGGAAAAAGUGCCCUCCAACUGGGCGAAUUUCCUUGAAGAUUAAAAUUGGCAACAAACUCUGUAGCUUGGGAAAUGCUACUGAGAAUUGUAGUUCAUCAGGGAAAGACAGUACUGACUCAGUAGGUACAGUAGAAAAUGUGUUUGAAGAGAAAGUGCCAGGAGCUAUACCAACACUGCAUGAAAGAAAUGUGGAGAAGGUUUCUUCUUAUGCCUCUGCUUUGAGCAAACCUCGUGAUGUAAAAGUUGCUUUUGAUAUUUCUUCUUUCAGUCCUUCAAGUGACAUCCAUAACAUGAUAAGCUCGGAAGAAGGAGAUAAUCUGGCAGUUUCUGCUGAUCACAUUUGUUCAGAUGUAGGAACUUCACCUGAUUCAGAAGUUAUAAACACAGUUCCUGAUCCUACACUUUGUGGAAAAGGUUUACAAGAUAUACAAAAUAGCCCUGUCAUAUCCAAUUCAUGUGUAUCUCCAAGUGAUACCUCAAGUUUAAUAUUAUCACCAAAGAAAUCCAAGAAAGGGAAAGGUAAAGGCAAAGGUAAAGAUAAGCUCCAUCAGCAAGAUGAUCAAACUUUGGAAAAGCUAACUGGUACAGAGUCCUCAAACAAUGCUAAAGAACAACUUUGCAUAGGAAAUGUAUCAACUAUGCGCCUGCCACAAACAGAACUUAGGAAAGUAAAGAAGAAAAAUAAGCCCCAUGAGACAGCUGAAUGUAGUCUGAAAAGCAAGCAGAUUGUCGCCAAGACAACGGAUGACACUGAAGCACCUACUACUCAUGAAGUGGACCAUAAACAAAUUUUAAACUGUACUGAAACUACUACUUAUCCUGAGCUCGCUGAAUCUGAGAAAAAGACACAAGUCUGUGACACGACUCCGUGCAGCAGUGGAAGAAAAUCCUCUAAAUGCUCUAGAGCAAAAGGAGGGAGCAAGUGUAGGUCUAAAAUCUCUGAAUCCUCCCGCAAGAAAAAUAAACCCUCUAAAAGGAAAAACAACAAAAAGAAAGCUGGUGGUAGGCACGAAAAGGUUGGUGUUGAUAUUGUCCUCAGCAAAGUGGAAAGUCACCCUGAAACAGGAAAUCAUAACCGAACCAUUCCCGGAGAUAUUGAAGAACAGAGUAAUGAUUCAAAUGCUCCAUUAAACAGCAUGAAAUUUUCAUCUGAUGGAGUGGUAGAACAGCAGAAUCAUUCAAAGUAUGGAUGGGUUCUUUGUGACGAGUGUGCAAAAUGGCGGAGAAUACCUGGUGCUCUUGCUAAUAAAAUUGAACCUGACCAUAGAUGGACUUGCAAAGAGAACGCCGAUAGUAACUUUGCCGACUGUUCAAUUCCUCAAGAGAUAACAGAUGAAGAAAUCAAUCGGGAGCUUGGAAUAUCUGAACCUUCUGAGGAAGAUCCUGAUGGUACUUUGAAGACUGAAAACCAAACAAAGGUUACUCAACCGUCGUCCUGGUCAUUAAUUAAAUCAAAUUUGUUUCUGCAUAGAAGCCGAAAAAGACAGACCAUUGAUGAGGUAAUGGUUUGCCAUUGCAAACCUCCAGCGGAUGGAGGAAUGAGUUGUGGAGCUGAGUGUUUGAACCGGAUGCUUAACAUUGAGUGUGUUCAAGGAACUUGUCCAUGUGGUGAACUUUGUUCAAAUCAACAGUUUCAAAAGCGUAAUUAUGCUAAGUUGAAAUGGUUUAAGUGUGGAAAGAAGGGCUAUGGCCUUCAGGCACUUGAGGAUAUCUCCAAUGGGCAGUUCCUUAUAGAAUAUGUUGGGGAGGUGCUUGAUGUGCGUGCUUAUGAGGCAAGGCAAGCAGAGUAUGCUUUGAAUGGCCAUAAACAUUUUUACUUCAUGACACUGAAUGGCAGUGAGGUAAUUGAUGCAUGCGCUAAGGGAAAUUUGGGUCGGUUUAUAAAUCAUAGUUGUGACCCUAACUGCCGCACAGAAAAGUGGAUGGUGGAUGGAGAAGUUUGCAUUGGCCUAUUUUCUUUAAGGGAUAUUAAGAAGGGUGAAGAGAUUACGUUUGAUUACAACUAUGUUCGUGUAUUUGGGGCUGCUGCAAAAAAAUGUGUAUGCAGUUCACCAAACUGCCGGGGGUAUAUUGGUGGUGAUCCAACAAAUUCUGAAGUAAUUGUUCAGGAUGAUUCAGAUGAUGAGUUUUCUGAGCCUGUUAUGGUCUGCGAAGAAAGAGAUAUGAACGAAGAAUGGAAUGAAAUCAUUUCUAGUUCGUUGCAUGACAAAGAAAAUGAAAUCACUCAUGAACCUACUGAAAAUGAAUAUAAUGUGGAGAAUAUUCUUGGUGCUGUUAGCGAGAGCAUUCCAGAUCCACAAACUUCAGAUUCUGUAACUGAAAAGGUUGAAGGUAUCAACAUUACACAGGCUGCUGGAACUCCUGUCAGAGUCUGCAACUCUUCUGGCGAAGGUUUGGUGGAGCCAUUGGAAAGUACCAAACAGAAUCAUGAUGAUUCCAAUGAUGAAUCUGUAUUAGCCAAUAUAAAGUCUAAAUCUGAGGAUCUUCAACCCCAGAUGCUUUCCUCUUACCUCGUUGAUUCGUUACAGAAAAGUGAUACUCCGGAAAAAGAACUAACUUCUGCUCACGAUUUGGUUGAUACUGUAUCACCUAGCAAAGCAUUGACUAGUACGAUUGUAGUAUCUAGAAGGAAGGUGAAAUAUGCUAGUAUGGGAGGAAAGGAUGAACCGCCAAAACCCAAUUCAAUUUCUAAGACUAAGCGUUCAACUGGUUCAGUUAAGAAGGGAAAACCUAAAGCAGGUGCUACGAAUGACAAAGGAAGUCCAGACACUGAUAGGCUGACUGGCACACUACAUAAAUCUAAAAAGUCACCAGGACUUCCAAUAACUAAUCAUUUUGAAGCAGUUGAGGCGAAAUUGAAUGAACUGCUGGAUCUUGAUGGGGGAAUAAGCAAGAAGAAAGAUUCAUCGAGGGGCUACUUGAAGCUUCUUUUCCUAACUGCUGCCUCAGGGAGUAAUGGGCAUGGCGAAGCUAUUCAAAGUAAUCGGGAUCUUUCAAUGAUUUUGGAUGCACUCUUAAAGACAAAAUCUCGAAGUGUUCUGGUUGAUAUAAUCAAUAAGAAUGGCUUGCAGAUGUUACACAACAUACUGAAGCGCUAUAGAAGAGAAUUCAUCAAAACACCAAUUCUGCGCAAACUUCUUAAGGUCCUGGAGCAUCUGGCACUGCGGCAUAUUCUUACUUUGGAGCACAUAACUGGAGGUCCACCUCGUCCGGGGGUGGAGAGCUUUAAAGAUUCAAUAUUGACUCUUGCAGAGCAUGCUGACAAACAGGUUCAUCAAAUUGCACGAAGCUUCCGGGAUAGGUGGAUUCCCAGAUCCCUCAGAAAAAGUUGCUGCAUCGAAAUGGAUAUUGGAAGGAGUGAGAUUAAUCAGCCUUCAAGCCAUGAUCUGCUGCCGACAGCAAACAAUAAUUGGAGUGAUAGAGAUAGAAAACCUUCCGAAGCAAUAAACUGUGGCGAAAAACAGCUGCAUUCUGCACCUAGUACAGGUGAAACUUCAACCCUAGACCCCUCUGCCUCUGGAGCCAAUGGUACAAAAGUGCGUAAGCGCAAGAGUCGAUGGGAUCACCCGGCAGAAACCCCAAGGAUUAGUCCCAAAUUGACUGGUAAUAAACAGCUCAGCAUUGAUGACGAUCUCCCUCCCGGUUUUUCAUCUCCUUGUAACGGCCGUGUGGUGCCAUCUGAUACACCUUCGAGUGCUGUUCAUCAAGAAGAAAUAAGGAUGCAGAAACGGAAGCAUCCUGGUAAUGUUGUAUUGGGUGUUCCACCUCCAAGGUUUAACGCACGUAUGCCUGUCUCCUACGGAAUAUCCAGAUCAUUGAUGCAGCAAUUUGAGGUACUGCAAUCGGAAUCUUCUAACUGUUGCACAAUAGCUCCUGGAGUGCCAUUCCUUCCCUUCCCUCCAUUGCCUCCUCAUCCCUGUGGCAGUAGAGAUCGUCCCGCCUCUGCAGUGGCUAAAUGUGCAUCAGUAAGUGAUCCUUUCAAGCCAGAACAACAACAUGAUGGUGCUUUAGUCGAAUAUCAGGCUGCUCAGAAACGUCCAAGGACUUACACCAUGGAUCCACCUGAUGACAACCCGUCGGCUCCAAAUGGUCAGCCCAAUAUUCAGCAGGGGACUUCUAAUGGCUUGGGAAGGAAAUAUUUUAGGCAACAGAAGUGGAAUCAUUCGAAGAUGGCACCUCCAUGGGUUCGAAUGAGGAACAACUGGGGAUAUGCUGGCAGCAAUGCACUGAAUAAUUCCUCAGGAGCGGGUCUUGGAAAUGGAACAAAUGGAAUCAGGAAUUUAUACAGCUGGCAAGAGACUAAUUGGAGAGGAUAACCUCUAAAACAUUAAAUUCAUAAUCAUUUGUUACAAGAAGUUGGCUUCAAUUUAUUGGAAAUUCUGAGGAGCUGUUAGAAAACUUAAUGAUGCUCCUGUUAUUGUUUUACAAUUCUUUACUGCACAGUCAUCCUUGAUUAUUGGAAUAUUCUUUUUCUUCAGCUUUAUAUUCGGCGCCUGCUGCUGCUGACGAUUCUAUAUCUCAUAGCAGGUACCCAACCAUUCUCUACUAUCCUCCUCUAGCUUGUGUGCAUCUUACAUUUGGGGAUUGUUGGGCAGAUUCACUCAGUUGUUGUAGUAACAUUGAUCCUGAUUUAGCUUA